AGUUUCCGGUUCCGUACAUCAGACGGUUAGCGCGAUUACGUUGUGUAUGGCGCGAAACUUAACAGCGACAAACAUUUCUGGUUGUUCUCGUGUCUAGUUUUUGGCAGCUUAACCAUGGAGAAAAAGGUUUUCCGAUACCAAAAGCUAAUGCGACCUAGUUCGGAACAUUGUUGUGUGCCGUUGUGCGUUGUGUCGGCAAGAUACAACUCGACUGUGAGUUUCCAUUCAUUUCCAGUGGAAGAGGAACUCAGAAAAAAGUGGAUCGCGCAGAUCAGGAGAGAUGACUUCCAAGUCAACAAAAACACAAAGGUGUGUAGCGUUCAUUUCAGACACGAUGACUUUAUGGAAGGGGCUCGUCUGAAACGUCUGAAAAAAGGUGUUUUCCCUACACUGUUUGAGUGGAACCGUCAGGAUCAGCCGCCGAGGUUGAGUGUUUGGGAACGUCGAAAAAGACCGCAUACCCCUGAUCCUGAGUCGGACUUAGACCAAGAAGAUAUGUACUUUGAUGUGGAGAGGAUUGGACAUGAUUAUUGUUCAGUUCCCGAAGCUGCAGCUGUGGACAUGGUUCUACAUGAAAACGAGGAGUUAAAAAGGAAGCUAGAAGAUGUACUGAAGCAGUUGGAGCAAACAAAGAUCACACACCGCUUUGGUCUCAGGAGAUUUGCUGGGUCCGAUGAGGACAUACGGUUUUAUACAAGAUUUGCAACAUACAACCACCUGAUGGCCUUCUGGGAACUGAUUGAACCGGCAACUCACAGGAUGAUUCGUGUCACCAAUUCCAAAGUCUUCAAGGAGCCUAGAAACACUCGGGCACUUCCUGCAAUAGAUGAGUUCUUCCUGUUCAUGAUGCAUCUUGCUUUGGGCCUAAAGCAAAGGGACCUUGGUCAUCGGUUUCAAGUACAUCAGACCACUGUAAGCCGCAUCAUAACAACCUGGGCCAACUUCCUGUACUUUGUCCUGGGGUCAGUGUGCAUUUGGAUGCCAAAAGAGAAAGUACGAGCCCAUCUGCCCGAAGAAUUCCAUCAAUUUCGAGACACACAGGUUAUCCUGGAUUGUACUGAGAUCCGCUGCCAAACACCUUCCUCUUUGCUACUACAAAGUGAGGUCUUUUCAAAUUACAAGUCUCACUGCACCUUCAAAGCUUUAGUAGGAAUGGCACCUCAUGGUGCAAUAACAUUUGUUUCUGCACUGUAUGCAGGGUCUAUUAGUGACCGGGAGCUGUUCAAACAGUCAGGGAUCAUUAACCUUCUUACCCCUGACAUGGCCAUCAUGGUGGAUAAAGGCUUCUUAAUUGAUAGCCUAGUGCCAUGUAAAAUCCACCGGCCUGUUUUUCUGACCAAUGGAAAACAAAUGUCAGAUGAUGAAGUGACGCACACUCAGUCUGUGGCUAGGCUCAGGGUACAUGUUGAACGUCUUAUCCGUCGUGUUAAAGAGCAUAAGUUGUUUGACACUGUCAUUCCCUUGUCCAUUUCUGGUAGCAUAAACCAACUGUUCACAGUGGCAUGUUUGCUUGUGAACUACCAAUGUGGACCACUUGUCAAGGCAUGGAGCCAAUGAGUCUAAAAACUCUCAUCCUUGAAGAUAUGCUAAGGUUUGUGUAAAUAUUGUACAUAUACUUUUGUAAAUACUAUGGAUUUCACACUGUUCUGCAUUCAUACCUCUGAUGAACAGACAAAACUAAGACAGUGUUUCCUUAUACAUAUUUUAUUAUAAUUUCAUAAUACACAACACAAAAAAUACCAUAAGAAUCGAGAGAAAUGUAUUUACAUGUCUAAGGUAAUUUAAUUGAUAGGAAUAUUAUAUUGUAUAAAUAUAGUGUAUGUGUAUGUAUGUAUGUAAAUAUUGUUCAGU